AUAAGAAGAAACAAAAUUUACAUUUGCAGGUAGGGUCAGAGAGAGACUGUCUGUUUUAGAGAGAGAAAGUUUUAGAGAGAGAAUGCUGCAGCUCUGGUUAUGGAGUGUCGGCGACUCGUUGAACGUUUGAAUGCUCUCUCAACAGCUUUAUUCAGCAUUUACAAAUAGGCUACACAAAGUACAACUGUGGUUUUGAUCUUAGUUAGAGAUUUAACUAUAAGAAGUAUGAAAGAGGUAGAGAGGAGUGUUGACUCUGGAUUAUGGCAUGCGUGUGCGGGUGGGAUGACUCAAAUGUGUUUACCGAAUUCGAAGGUGUUUUACUUUCCACAAGGUCACGCUGAACACACGCUUACGAAUGUAGAUUUUGCCGGUAUGCCUAGGGUUCCGCCUUUCUUCCUUUGUAGAGUGGUUGAUGUCAAGUUCAUGGCGGAUUUAGAAACCGAUGAAGUUUAUGCUAAGAUUAUGUUGAGUCCACUUGGAAACGAUGUCAGCUAUGAUAAUUUUGAUGAUGAAAGAAGCAUGAUCGAAACACAUAACGUUUUCGAAGCUUCUGAUAAACCGUCAUCUUUCGCGAAAACCUUGACGCAAUCUGACGCAAACAACGGUGGAGGUUUUUCUGUCCCUCGGUACUGUGCGGAAACGAUAUUUCCGAAAUUGGACUAUUCGGCAGAUCCUCCGGUUCAAACAGUGGUAGCUAAGGAUGUUCAUGGUGAAAUUUGGAAGUUUCGGCAUAUCUAUAGAGGGACACCAAGGAGACAUUUGUUAACUACUGGAUGGAGUACUUUCGUGAACCUAAAAAAGCUCGUUGCUGGUGAUUCCAUCGUGUUCAUGCGAGCAGAUAAUGGCGAACUUUAUGUCGGAAUUAGACGUGCUAAAAGAGCGGGAAUCGGUGGGCCCAACUCCACAUCAGGGUGGAGUUCUUCCUUCUUUCGGGAAACCGGGAAUAAGUUGGUUAACAGUGGUAGAAACGUUAAUGGUACCGGAAGGGGAAAGGUGAGGCCCGAAGAUGUUAUUGAAGCUACAUCACUUGCAGCAAAUGGUCAAACGUUUGAGAUUACUUAUUAUCCUCGUGCAAGCACUCCAGAGUUUGUUGUGAAGGCUUCUUUGUUAAAUGCUGCUUUGCGUGUCCAAUGGUGUGUUGGAAUGAGGUUCAAAAUGGCUUUUGAAACCGAGGAUUCAUCGCGUAUAAGUUGGUUUAUGGGAACUGUAUCUUCUGUUCAAGUUGUUGACCCAUUUUUUUGGCCUAAUUCUCCAUGGCGUCUCCUACAGGUUGAUUGGGAUGAGCCGGAGCUGUUACAAAACGUGAAGCGCGUAAGCCCAUGGCUAGUUGAAUUAGUGUCAAGCAUGCCACUAAUUAAUCUCUCACCGUUUUCUCCACACAGAAAGAAGCUAAGACUACCACGAUCACCAGAUAUACCAAAAGACGGUUUUGCCCUUCCACCGUCCUUUUCAGUCAACCCUCAUACGCCCAGCAGUUGUUUUCCUGCAGGAGGCAUACAGGGAGCCAGGCAUGCUCGAUUUCAGAUCCCGUUUUCGGAUCUUAACCUAACCCAACUUCAGUUGAACCUUUUCCCUAAACAAUUUGAUUCACCUAAAGGUGGUUCUGAUGAUGUCAUUAAUGGCAAUAAUGAUGACAUGUCAUGCUUGUUGACCAUUGGUAAUCCUAGCUAUAGAUUGGACAAAAAUGAAGACAAAGUAAAAGUAAAACCGCCUAUUUUCCUACUGUUCGGUCAGCCGAUACACAUUGACCAGCAAAGUUCACAAGUUAUGCAUUCAUCAGAUGAAAAUGCUGUUGAAAAAGAGCUGGUUUCGAGUCAUUGUUGUGAAGUGUUCUUGGAGUCUGAGAAUGUGGGUCGGACUCUUGAUCUUUCUGUUAUCGGGUCUUAUGAAGAACUUGAUAAAAUUUUGGCGAGUUGGUUUGGAAUUGAGCAGUUUAAUGAUUUGUCGUGUGUGAUUUAUAACGACUCAGAAGGCGUUGUGAAACAAAUAGGUGAUGAACCUUUCAGUGAGUUCGUGUUGAACGCAAAAAGGCUGACCAUUCUACUGGAUGUGUGUGGCCGUGAUGAUGGAAGAAAUAUGAUUGCUGUGGUGGGUGACAUAUCAAAAGAGACAGGACACGCGAGCAUAUUUGUUUAGGAACAUGAAGUUGGUAGUGGUUAGAAAAGGAGGACAUUUUUGUGGUGUUGGAAUGGAACCAUAUGGUCCAUAUGGAUAUGUUGGAUGGGCUCUUUAUUUUCCCUUUGCUAUGACUAGACUAGACUUGCAUGUGUAUGCACUUUGAACAAUCAAUUUGAUUGAUGCAAUUGAUGCAACUUCUCUUAA